UACGCACAGGAAAAGCAAAAACACCACACUUAACCGAGUGUUCUCGCGAAUCCGCAAAGACGGUGAAUGAUGAACUUCAUUCAAGUAGCUUGAACGAUAAUCCGAGAUCUCACUCUAUAUUUUCUGAUUUUCUCUCUCUAUGCACGUCAAUGCGUGCACGAUUUUAUCCGAUUCCACCUUCUCACGGUGAAUGAUAGGGCAUGGCGAUUAAGAGGGGAUCGCAAUCCGGCGGAGGCAAGACUAAAGGUAUUCGAUCUCGCGUCUUCGCUUCCGUCGCCGUGUUUUUCGUCACAUUACUCGCCUUCUCCCUUCUAUUCGUCGGCCGCGGCCUUUUCACCGCCGCUUCUUCCGGUAAAAAAGAAUUACCAACCGUGUCCUGCAGACAGGAUUUAAAUUGGAGAGAGAGGCUGGCACUGCAACAUCUUAAUUCUUUAUUCUCGAAAGAUGUAAUUGACGUUAUUAAUGCCAGUACAAAUGAUUUGGGGCCUUUAAACGUUGACUUUUUUAGAAAAGAAAAAUUGUCUGCCUCUUGGAAGGUAGCUGGGAACAAAAUGUCUGCUGGUAAUGCCACUUCUGCCGAGGCUGCUGGGGAAGCCUUGAAGACUAAGAAUGAAACGUCUAGAUUCAAGGAGGAACGUACUUCAAAUGGUAUAGAAGAUAAUUCCGUUUUCCUUGAGACACCAACUAAAUUGGCCCGAAGGCAAUUGAGAGAAAAAAGACGUGAAAAGCGUGCUGCAGACUUGGUAAAACCGGAUGAUGAAGUAACCGUAAAGCUCGAAAAUGCAGCUAUUGAGCGUUCUAAAUCAGUAGACUCCGCAGUUUUGGGCAAGUAUAGCAUCUGGAGGAAAGAAAAUGAUAAUGAAAACACUGAUUCAACUGUACGCUUGAUACGUGAUCAAUUGAUAAUGGCAAGGGUAUAUACAAGUCUUGCAAGGAUGAAAAACAAGACCGAUUUGGCCAAUGAAUUGCAGAAUCGGCUCAAGGAAAGCCAGCGUUCUCUAGGAGAUGCCUCUGUUGAUUCUGAUCUAUAUCCAAGUGCACCUGAAAAAAUUAAACUGAUGGGCCAAGUGCUGUCUAAAGCUAAAGAGCAAUUGUACGACUGCAACCUGGUCACCGGGAAACUAAGAGCCAUGCUGCAAUCUGCGGAUGAGCAAGUCAGGAGUCUUAAAAAGCAGAGCACAUUCCUUAGCCAGCUAGCUGCAAAGACAAUACCAAAUGGGCUUCACUGUCUGGCCAUGCGCUUGACUAUAGAUUAUUACCUCCUGCCACCUGAGAAAAGAAAGUUCCCUCGGAGUGAGAAUCUGGAAAACCCAAUUCUUUACCAUUAUGCCCUUUUUUCGGAUAAUGUCCUUGCUGCUUCAGUAGUGGUCAACUCAACCAUUAUGAAUGCCAAGGACCCCAGGAAACACGUUUUCCAUCUUGUUACUGAUAAAUUGAACUUUGGUGCGAUGAAUAUGUGGUUUCUUUUGAAUCCCCCUGGUAAAGCUACAAUCCAUGUUGAAAAUGUUGAUGAAUUCAAGUGGCUGAACUCAUCAUAUUGCCCUGUUCUACGUCAGUUAGAGUCUGCUGCUAUGAAAGAGUACUAUUUCAAGGCGGCUCAUCCUACCACACUUUCUGCUGGUUCCUCUAACCUUAAGUACAGGAAUCCAAAAUAUCUUUCAAUGCUUAACCAUUUAAGGUUCUACCUCCCACAGGUCUAUCCAAAGUUGGAUAAAAUUCUUUUCCUUGAUGACGACAUUGUUGUUCAGAAAGACUUGACUGGACUUUGGUCGGUAGAUCUCCAUGGAAAAGUAAAUGGUGCAGUUGAAACAUGUGGCGAGAGCUUCCAUAGGUUUGACAAAUAUCUAAACUUCUCCAACCCUCACAUUGCUAAGAAUUUUCAUCCCAAUGCUUGUGGGUGGGCUUAUGGAAUGAACAUGUUCGAUCUAAAGGAGUGGAAGAAGAAGGAUAUAACUGGUAUAUACCACAAAUGGCAGAAUAUGAAUGAAGACAGGGUGCUGUGGAAGCUUGGAACUCUACCUCCAGGUCUGAUUACCUUCUAUGGGCUGACUCAUCCACUCGAAAAGUCAUGGCACGUGCUUGGUUUGGGUUACAAUCCGAGCAUUGACAAGACAGACAUAGAGAAUGCAGCCGUUGUACAUUACAAUGGAAACAUGAAACCGUGGUUAGAACUGGCAAUGACCAAGUACAAACCAUAUUGGACCAAGUAUAUAAAGUACGACCACCCAUAUGUACGCAACUGCAAACUGAGCGAAUGAUGGAGCAAUGGUACAGAUUGAUCAUCAACUCGGUAGCUGAGCAAGACAAGUUCCUGCAGUGCGUAUUUGUCUCUGUGAUCAAUUCAAUCUGAUCAUGUCUUUAAGCGAGCAUGGGAAUGAUUAAAACUCUGAGCUGGUCCUCCUGCAUUACUUACGGAAAAUAUGUGCUUUUUGUUAGAUGAGGAUGCAGGAGUUACUAAUUGUAUUCUUUGAACACCCUACUUAAUGUCAACAUUUGAUUUAAUUGGACUUAGGUAUUUUCUUGUGUAAA